AAUAGUGGUAGAUAACUUGCACGUGACUGCUACUGCAAUGAAUGACGAACCAUAAAAAAAGGAUGAAUCCUCCAAUCAGCCUAGUGCCAACAUUGAAAUCAGCCAGAUCCAUCGCAUCGAUCCAUCGAUCAACACCAUAAGCCUAAGAACUUUUUUCCAGAGUGCUAUCUUAUUAUCAGGAUGAAACUCUUGGGAACUAUUUGAAGAAAGCUUUUGAGAUGAAUGGAUUCGUGAGACUAUGACCAGGGAUCAAUUACAUUGCUAAAAUUAAAAGUAUCUGGAUCAUGACAGUAUCAAAGACAGCAUUGUAUGAGCGACGACAGGAAACAGUGAUUCAAAAGAGAUCAUCAUACACUGGAAUAAAAAGGAAAAAAAGUACAUUACAGCAAUCUGGUUUGCUAACGUUUCUCCUUUCUAUUUUUCUUUUAUCUGUUCUACAAACUUACAACUCUCAUCCGACAGAUAAUUCAGCAUGCUUAUCCCCAAGCAGAACCGCAAGCUUAUCUACGAGGCCCUCUUCAAGGACGGUGUUUUGGUCGCCAAGAAGGACUUCAACGCCCCCAAGCACGAUGAGCUCGAUGUCCCCAACUUGCAGGUCAUCAAGGCUCUUCAGUCCUUGGAUUCGAAGCAGUAUGUCAAGACCCAGUUCUCGUGGCAAUACUACUACUACACCUUGACUGAUGCCGGUAUCGAGUACUUGCGCGAGUACCUCCACCUUCCCUCGGAGAUUUUCCCCGCCACCUUCAAGAAGACCGCUCGUCCUUCAGCUCCUCGUCGUGCUGGUAAUGCUUUAACUUCCUUGCUGAAUACUAUCACAAGUCGUUCUCAGGAUAUUUUUACUUAUGUUUACACAAUAAUACCAUUUGAGAUCUCCGGCUACUAUUAUCAGGACUUGAUGUCGGACUACUGAAUUGACUAUCAGCAUCCUGUGAUCAGUUGUCUUUCCGUGUUGUGGACUUUUAGUGAACUAUUUGACAAAGCCACAAUCAAUGAUGACUUUUAUCCAAGUCGUAGGAAGGGGGAAGGAAAAUCCUAUUUGACUAUAUUGCUUUAUUGCUGACCAACUCUAUAUGUUUUAUUUUUGUAUAAUAGAGCGUCCUGAGGGUGCCUACCGCCCCCGUGGUGACCGCGAUGACUACCGCCGUCGCGAUGAUGGUGAGAAGAAGGAGGGUGCCUCCGGUGACUACAAGCCCGAGUUCCGCUCUGGUUUGGGCC